ACGUCGUUGCUUUUUAUCGUUCUCAUUAUCGCAAAUAUAUCAAAAUGGUACGAUGGUGUGUUGAAUGGCGAUACGCUUAAUUUGUAAUAUGUAAUAAUACUUAAUAGUAUCACAGAAUAGUUUAAGACGGUGUUCAGCGUAGACUAAUCGUCGAUAGGCAAUCGGUAAAAUUUAUUUAUCGAGGCAAAUUGUAUUUACGCGUUGUAUUGUUGAACGUUUCGCCUCUGCUCCCACUCGGCGGGAAAAUAUUCAACAAGACGUACCGGACGCACCUGUUGGCACACUACUGAAUCAAAGUUUGUCGUUUGAAAAUAAUGUGUUCGAGUGACCAUUCCUAGUUCAACCACUUCUGAAGUUUUCAACUAGCUCUCAUUCAAAAUGGACAACUUGGAUUCUAUAGAUCCGUUGGAUCCAUUGGAUAUGCCAGAGGAUCUAGAUUUUGCCAAUUUUGACGAGCUCUUGAACAAGUAUAAUGAUAAAAUGCCAGAAGUUGACACAAAACUGUUUACUGGAGAUAAUAUAUUGACAGAAUUUGAUGAUCCAAUGAGUGAUCCCACAUUGUUAGAUUUUCCACCUCUCGAUUUCUCUUUAAUUGAACCAGAUAUCCAUAUGUCGCCACCACAAGAUACUGUUUCCCACUUUAUUGAUACUCCAGUGAUAUUACCUUCUGCCAUACCUAAACCAUCUCCAAAAGCACCUCCUUUAAUUAAGCCCAACCGUAAAGUCAUUGAAAAGCCUAUUCAACCAAAUUAUACUAUAGAACAAAAUGUUAAUAAAAAAAUAAAGUAUAUUCAAAAAUCUGGAAUACAGACUAUCCUUCCAGUUAAAAGUGUGGGACAGAUCCACUUACCAUCUGACCAAAUGAAACAAGUUUUUUUUAAUGCACCAUUGAACACAUCCCCAACAAUGGUAUAUACAUCAACAAAUGGUCAACCAAUUAUACUAAACAACACUGCAUUUGUUACUACGGGUAUACCAGUUAUGAUUGAUUCAGAUAUGUCAUCUAAUAAUAUUGAUGUAAGGUCAGUGAAAGAUGAAAAACCACGAAGCUCACAUAAUGUUAUUGAAAGAAGAUAUCGUACAAGUAUUAAUGAUAAAAUUAUGGAAUUAAAAGAUAUGAUUCUUGGAACUGAAGCUAAACUUAAUAAAUCUGCUAUACUUAAAAAAGCUAUUGAUUAUAUUAAGUAUUUGGAAAUGGCUAAUGAAAAAUUAAAAGAUGAAAACAAAAUGUUCAAAUUAAGUAUUUCAAAAAACCUAAAUCAAAGUCCUCCUACUUUAUCACAAGAAGAAUACAAUAAUCCUGGCUCACUGACCCCUCCACAAUCAUAUAUUUCUGUUUCUUCACCAGAAAGAUCAGAAGGCGCUUCAUCACCUGAAAUUGUAAUGAGUUCUCAUACAGUAUUGACCAAUGAAUCUGGUAAAAAAGGUAUGGCUGAUCAUUCAAGAUUAGUACUUUGUGUGUUUAUGUUUGUGGUUGUUGCUUUUAAUCCUUUUGGAAAUUUAUUGCCCAACAGCAAUAUGUCACAUUCUGAAAAUUCUUGGACAGAAAAGGUUGAUGGUAGAACAAUUUUAAAUGCUAAAAUAGAUUCUGGAAUGGAUGAUGGAACAUAUCAAAGUUAUGCUUUUAGUCUGUCUGUUUGGAUAUUGAAUAUUCUUGUGAUGUUCAUAAGUCUAACCUGUCUUCUUAUUAAUGAUCCAAUCAUAUAUUCAGAUUCAGAAGCUUACAAGGAAUACAUAAAAAUGAGAAAACAAGCAGAAGAUAACUUGAAUAAGGGAAACAGAAAAAUUGCAAUCCUUGAACUCUCUAGAUGUUUAGAAAUUUUUGGUCGGCCAAUUUUGACAAGUCGUAAGAAACUUUGGGCUUCAUUAAUCUGGCAAAUUAUCAGACAAUUUUUACAUCAGUUUAAAAUGGUUUUUUUUUUGAAAAAAUGGAAUAAUGCUGUAUUUAAAAAUGUGACCAAAAAGCAAGACACUUUAAACACAGCUAAACAGCUCAGUGAAAUUUAUCAUUUAUUGCAUAAGUUGUAUUUAAUUGGUGGAACUGACUGGUCAAUACCUAAUUCUCAUUGGGGUAUUGGUCUAUACUUAGGACUUUGUUCAAUUAACAUAGCUGAAGCAGCUGGACGACAAGUAAUUGCAGUUGAGACUUAUGUACGUCUAUAUUCAACCAUUGCUCUUAAUUUCAAAACUAUAACAUUUAAAGGUGCUGGAUUUUUUACCAGAUAUUAUUUACAUAAAGCACAAAUCCAAGUGGUAAAUUAUAAUAGAUUACCAGCAAAUUUGAAUUGGCUUACAACUGAUCAUGGAUUUAGGUUUUUUAUUGAUCACAAUUGGAGCUUUACUCCGAGUAAUGCUACAUCAUCAUUCACAACACUCUCUGACUAUAAUGAUCCAUUGUCUCAUCUAACCAGAUCUUUCAGAGAAAAUACCUUAGAAAAAGCUUUACAGACAUUAAUAUCACCAGGAACAAGACAAAUUGUUCAAGCUGUUGGUCAUAUCAAACAACCAACUGUAACUUCAGAUGUUUUGCUAUACAUACAGCGCAUUGUAGAAUCUAAUUUAAUUACAAUGAAACCCAGGAUAAUUGGAAGCUCGGAAGUUAAUGUAAUAGAAGAUGAAAAAGUAGCAUGGUGGGGAGCAAUAUUUGCUGCUGGAACUUAUUGGAUAUUAGGUGAAGAUAAUGACAUAGAUUUGCUCGAUAAACACAUCUCAAAUGUUCCUCCAAGUUUAUUAGUUGAUCCAUUGGCACAAGCUGUAUUAGCUGCUUAUAAAUGUCGAAAUAAAGUCCAAACAAUGAAACCAAGAAUUUUAGAUUAUCAUUGUCAUGAAGCUAGUAAAAUAUUAUCGGAAACUUUAAUCUUAUUGCAAACUAAUAAGCCCCAACCUAUUGUUAUAAUGACAUUAUUAUUAGCUUGUGACUGGUUAUUAGAAACAAGGAUGUUGUCGUGGCAAGAAGAAUGUAAGAAAAUGCCUGCAGGAUAUGUUAAUUUGGAAUUUUUAAAUUUAGAAAACUUUCAAAAAGAUUUAACUUCCUUACGAAAAAUUGCACAAUUUGUUCCAUUUGCCACUGCCAAAGUGUUCUUAUAUGAAGCAACGGCACGUUUAAUGGCAGGAGCUUCACCAACAAAAACCCAACAACUAUUUGAUCGUAGCUUAAGACACAGAUCAACACGACAUUUUGUUAUUUGUACUAAAGGUAAAGGUGAACAAAGCACAGUUGGUCUAAGAGAACACGCAACUGCAUUAUUUAUGGCGUGUAAACAUUUGCCUAUGUCUCUUUUAUCACCACCUGGCAUAAGGGCAGGUAUGUUAGCUGAGGCAGCUCGUACAUUAGAAAAAAUUGGUGAUCGAAAAAAUCUUAUGCAGUGUUACAAAUUAUUGAAAUCUAUAACAACCAAUUCAUCAGUUACGGAUUGAUUUUGUUUCUAUUACCAAUGUUAAUGUUUGAUGUUUGUUUUUAGAAUUUAUUGUUAUAGUCUUAACUUUUUUUCACUUUCUU